AUGAGUCUUACUAUUGAUGCUCUUGGGAAAAUCUCUCCAUGGAAGGAAGCUUGGAGUAUUGAGGCUAAGAUCUUGACCAUUUGGGAAGAUGCUAGGAUUGUUAAUGAAAAUAUGCAGAAACUCUUACAUAUGGUCUUGAUGGAUAAGCAGAUGAAUAUGUCUUCAAGUACAGUCAUACCUAACCCUAGUUUAAGUCUAACUUCUAUGGACCAGAUUCUUCAAAAGCGCAUUGAUUAUGAGUACUUAAUAGACAUGAAUAGUUUGAAAAGGUAUCAGAGACCACCUGCUGUAAUUCUGCAAUCUUUCAAGAUCAAAGUCAAUGGAGGUGAAGAGUUGUCCAUGUUGGACAUGUCUCAAUACGGUAUUGCAAGCCACCAUUUCAGUAGACUCCGUAGUAAUGAUGUUGGGGAUUUAGUAUCUGAUGGACAAUUCUUUGUGGUUGGAAAAAUUAAGGAGAUUGUUGAAGAUCCAGAGUGUUACAAGAUUAAGAUACUUGUUGAAGACAGGACUUCUUGUGGAAUGUUUGUCUUGUUAGACAGUGCAGUCACUAAGCUAUUAGGGAGAACCUGUUCUGAUGUCUUUUUGUUGUUAGAAGAUGAAAUGGAUAGAAUUGAGCACCAGUACUAUCCACAAUUUUUUCAUCAACUCAUUGGAAAAGAAAUUGUUUUCAAAGUUCAAGCAAAGAGGAUUAGUACUCAGGGUUAUUGCGGUACCUUUAAAGUCAUUAAUGUCAUUAGUGAUGCACGUUUUUUCAACAAACUUCACGCUGACCAGUGCAUCAAGGAUCAGAUUUGUUUUUUGAUCGGUGAGAUUAUUGAUGUGCUGAAACAUCAGAAAUGGUGGUACUGCUGCUGUUUGUGUAAUGCACCCGUUUGUCAUGUUGGGAAUGUAUUUUAUUGUUAUCUGUGUAGAGUUGAGUGUGUUGAUGCCAUACGAAGGUAUCGCAUCAAAAUUAUUGUUUUCCAUUCAAAUGGCAGCAAUAUUUUCAUACUUGAGGAUGAUGAGUCAACGGAUGAUUACACUAUUCCGAAUAGCAUGAUUUCUCAGUUGAUGAACAAGAAAAUUGUCUUCAUAGUGGAUCCUAGACCUGUUGAAUAUGAAUUGAAUAUAUCUAUUCACGUUGUUCGUGCAAUAUGUGAUGAUAUUGAUAUUGUGAAGUUUUUGGAGGACUCCACCCGUGAUAAUCAACAACAGACGGUUAACCAUGAUUUUCAUGCAAGAAUUUCGUCCUCACAAGGUUCCAAUUUAUUUGGGAAUCAUCAGCCUCUCACUAUUAGGGAAGAGCUUCGGAGUGCCUUUGGUCAAUGUGAAAAUACUGUUGAGCCUGUUGAAAGGAUGGAUAAGUGUAGUGGCUAA